UGAGUGAGGAACUGUUCAUGGAGGUACAGUACUGUAGACUCUUGCUCCGUAGUGUCAACUAACCUCUUGUUUACCUCACUCGUCUUCUAGCCUACUCACACCGACUGACACAAUGGGUGACUCUAACAAUACUACUAGCAUUGCGGACUACCUAGCCCAACUCUUAAAGGAUAAGAAACAGCUCGCAGCCUUCCCCAGUGUAUUCAUGCACGUCGAAAGACUUCUCGAUGAAGAGAUCAACAAGGUGCGGGCUAACCUCUUCCACAUCAAUGGCGGCCAGAAGGAGCCCCUGUCGUUGCCAGAGCCCAUGGGAGCCCCCGUCACGCUCUCAGACAAGGUCUACGUCCCGGUCAAGGAUCAUCCAGAGUUCAACUUCGUGGGUCGAAUACUUGGGCCUCGGGGGAUGACGGCCAAGCAGCUGGAGCAAGAGACAGGGUGCAAGAUCAUGGUGCGCGGCAAGGGCUCCAUGAGAGACAAAAAGAAGGAAGAGCAGAACCGUGGGAAACCUAACUGGGAGCACUUGAAUGAAGAGCUUCAUGUUCUCAUCACAGUAGAAGACACAGAGAACAGAGCCAAGGUCAAGAUCCAGCGAGCAAUUGAAGAGAUCCGCAAGCUGCUCGUCCCCUCAGCCGAUGGCGAGGAUGAACUAAAAAAACGGCAGCUAAUGGAGCUUGCCAUUAUUAAUGGUACUUACAGAGAUUCCUCCAGCAAAAAUGCAGCACAGGAUGGUCUUCAUAACUCAGAGGCAGGAAAAUGCGGUUUUAACGCUCUUAUGCAGCAACCCUGGACUGACCUUGAUGUUCUCAAUGCCCAUGUGGCCUUUUUUGCCUCUGCACAGAGCAGCCACUAUAACGGGGGUCGACUGUACCCAGUGAACGAAAUUGAAGGACUGGGUCCUCUUACAGGGGAAGUUCCACGACUGCUCACACAAGGGAUGACACUUCAGUCACCUCUGCGCACAACCACACCUCUCAGUGGCAAUCCUCUCUUCAUGCCUGCAAGGAUCCAUGUUCCGACAACAACUGCAUUAUUAAAUGGAACUGGAGCUGGUGGCAUGCCUCCACCAUUAAUUGCUGCAAGUGAUGCUACUGCUGGUCUGAUGUAUGCCCCAUACGCUGCUGCUGCCGAGUAUGCUGCCGCCAACUAUGCUGCCCUCAGCUCCCCCCUCCUCACUGAGUACCCCCCGGACGCUGCUGGUGUAGCGGUCAAGCAGCGGCGCCAUUUGGGCCAGGCUCGGGAGCACCCCUAUCAAAGGACGGGUACGCUCUCGUAGGCCACAACCCAGCUGACCUGGCGCGUUGCUAACCCGCCCCGGGCUCCUUCUCUUGUGUCCCUCGUGUCACUACUGACCAGCACUGAGGCACCACCACCACCACCACCACUCCACCACCACUCACCCUAGGACACACCACUAACCGCGCUGCGCUCUGGGUGCUGCUGCAUCGCCCACCCAGCUCCACGAUCGUUGGUACGUGCCCUCUGUGCAGCUUAAUGCCGCCCAAGAACAAGGGCAAGUUGAUGACCUCUUGGUCUUGCAGCUGCCACACUGCCGAUACGUGAAUAAGGGCAGGGCUUGCUACCUUCUGGGCGGGCACAGGGAAACCUGUGCACAUUUGUGGAGGCCUUGGUGCCCACUUGUUCCUACUGCCUGCCCAUGGGGCAUGACAACAUCCAGUUUGUCAACUAAACUUUAAAGUACUAACUUGUGUAGAAUUACUAAAUAGCACAACAAAAACCUCCUUUACAAAGUUCAAAGCAUUCCUAGGGUGGAACAAUGCUCAGAAACAGGCAGCUCCUACUUCGACUCUGAAGUAACAGAAGUGAUGAAUCAGUGAGGAAAUUUAGUAUAUUUGUAUACAGCGUAAUGAAGUUGUUACUCGAGACUGGUACUAUAUACAGUGUGCAUUUAGAGAUGGUGCUAAUGUUAAGCUUGGUCACACAGCUUUAUCGUUAGGGUCUUUGUGUUGUUGGUGUUAUAUCUUUAUUAAAUAGAAUAGCAGAUAGUUGUUUAAAGAAUCUCGAUAGCUUCUAUUACAAAGUGUCAUAUGACAGGUUUGAGCCUUUUUAUAAGCCUCAUUUUAUGCGAGUUAUUGGAUUGGUAACCUCUCAUCCAAUAACAGAUUACCAAGUAAUGUUGUCAAGAUAAAGCCAGAGUGAAGGUGCAGCUUAUUUUGAAUUCCAGUGUUAAGUAAAUUUUUUAACAUGGAAAAUCUUGAAAGUAUCUAGAAAAUAAUUUUACGAAGGCAUCAUAAAAUUGUAAAGCAAGUGCAGGAUAUGGUUAUGAUACACAGCUCAUUAAUGGGGAUGAGAUUAGAGAGCAUCUUGUACAAGUUUACUUAAGAGCAGUUUGUGUAGACAGUAAUAAGCAUGAAACUAAUAUAGACAACUUUGGUCCCUAAAUCAUGUAUGGUACAAGCUUGCUGAUAUAAAGAUUGAUAUGCCAUAUAUAUUACCACUUAAAAAGAUUUAUAAUUUUAGCAUAAAGGUUGGUUGUCCUGGAUCAAACUUUCUAGAUUUAACUGAUUAUUAAAUAGGAAUGUUCAUUUGAUAUAGGACAUUCCUCUUAUUAUUGCACGUUAUUCAAUCAUUUUUGCCUACGUUGUGUUCAUUUAUAAGCCCAAAGAAAAUGCACAUAAACUCAUUUUAAGACAUUUCUUUCACUCAAGAUUAUUUUUUUGUGCACGUUGAAGGACUUGCCUAAAAUAAAAAUAUAGACACUACCAUACCACAAUAUUUUUUAAUGAAAUAAUUCAAAUUUUAAUCCAAAGAUAUUUGCAUAAAGUGUUAGGGGUAAAUUAACACUUUGAAAUAUAAUUGCAAGCUUUAAAGCUCAGUAUUUUACACACAAAUUUUCCUUUAAGGAAUAUAUGGCAAAUAUUUUGUGCUUGGAGGAUGAAUGGUAAAAUGUGGGGUAUCUUCACAUAAACUGAUUUAUAAGAAUUGUUUUUGUUAAAUGUUAAUGGGACAAUUGAAUGUACAGUAUUUGAGAGAGUAAUCUAGAAAUUUUGAUCCAGGGGGACUUAUUUAAAGUAGGAUUCCCAGAAAGAAAUUAUAUUUAUUAAUUUCAAAACUGUUAGGCUCGUAUAUACAUAUUUUAAUAUUAGUUGAAUAUAAUAAUAAUAAUAAAAGUGCCUUUGUUUAUUUUUGGUCUUACAAAGACUUCAAAAACGCUAUUUUGAAGCCUUCCGUAUACACAUUACGUCAGUUCCCCAAGUGCCUUCUAUAGUGGAGCCUAGUAGACCUCUCAGAUAGUGUUUAAUGUGCCAAUAGAAGUUAAAAUGUGCCACAAUAUGCAACUAUAUGCCUUAAGAAGACUCAAAUGGCAGAUCUUCUACUUAAGAAUGGAGUGGAUGCCAUGCUGUAGUAUUUUUUAGGGGUUUGAUAUUGCUGAUUGUAUGGCAGUUAAUGAAUGUUAUCAGGUGAAGGUGUGACACUUGUGUACAUAGUUGUUCAUCAUCUCAUAACUGUACUUAACCAUUUAUUGUACUUAAGCAUGAACCUAUGCAAUGACAAGUAACUGAAGUGUUGUUGGGGUAGAAAGCCUAAUGUACGAAGGUCAUUUAUAUUUUUAGUUUUCCCAUUGUCGCCGUUGUUUGUGCCAUACUUGGAUGUUUGGAAAGCAUCCAAGAUUCGCCUUCGUCUCAGUAUGUGCAAAUAUUAUCGUAAGUAGUUGUACUUACCAGAAUUAUCACAAGUAGAUUUAAGUAGUAUGUAUUAUGCAUUAACAUCAAACCAUUAUAGGGUGGAGGUUCCUUUUUCAUUACUUGUGGAUAAGCCGUUGUAAGCACAUGUGCCAAUUUCCUGCAUAGGAUACAAAUUCAGCCUUGUUAAAUAGCCUUCUUUUAUGUUGCCUUAUCUUGGUUGUGACUUCCUCGGAGCUCUAGCUGCUCUAGUUCAAUUUUUUUCAUGCAUGUAAUUGGAUGUACUGUAUACUUAUGUGUACUCUGAUUAUCCUAAAAGUGUUCAUUUUAACAUAAGUGAAACAAAAUGUUUAAUCAUUUAUGCACAAACUCCCUAUUCUAUUAUUUUCAUAAAUAUGAAGGCUCCUUUUUUGGAAUUACAGUACUCUAUUUUCAUUUUAUUUUUCAUUUUAUUAUAUUUUUCAUUUUUUACUUUAAUUUAUUUUUCUUACUGAUUUUUCUUUUUAUUAAUUUUAUUUUUCUGGUGCUACCCCACUUAAGUUAGCUAGUGAGGAGAGCACAGUUGCCAUCUGCCCCAUUCAGAGGUACUUAGUGCCGAUGUUGACCCAUCUCCAACCUGUCUACAGUAGUUUCAGUUUCCUUAGAGCAAGGCUGUUACUGAACAAUGAAAUAUUCCAGUAAUAUCUUACUGACUUGCAUAUUUAAUUAAUUUCAGUUUUAUCUUGACUUUAUGCAUUGAAAUUGCUGAAAUCAUUUAUGGUUGGUGUGGGUACAACAUUUCAUUAGCAUUGAAAUGUAAUUCUACUUGUCACCUUCAGAGGUGGAAUUCUUUGGUGCAUCUGAAGCAUUGUCAUUGUUGCUCAUGACAUUUAGUUUCUGAAAAUGUAAGUGAUAAAAACUUUAUACUUCUAAAUGAGAUGAUAUUAGAGACAAUCCUUGUUUUUAUCAGUGUUCCAACUUGCUUGGAAUAAAUCUGAAUGUGAAAUCAUUGUUAGGAGACUAACUGUCAGGAUUUUCAUUACAUAAGCUUACUUAGGAAGAAAUUUACCUGUAAAUAUAUUUUUAAUAUUAACUCAAUUUAAUCAUCUAAACCAAAAUUUAGAUUAAUCGAGAAGGCUUGUUACUGACAACCUUGGGAAUGGAUUUACUGAGACAGUGAACUACUGAUGCAACAUACAAGCUGGACAGUGCACUUUAAUCCUCCUCAAGAUGCAGAAUGUAUUUCAUUUUAUAAUCUCCUAUUCUCUAUAAUAUAAAAUGUUUCGUACAAA